CUGCACUAAAGUGGAGAAGCAGAAGAUUGUAUUGUUGUGCAGGCAGUGUUGUUGGACGAACAGAAACUAGGGCUGAACUGUUGAAGACAUGAAUGAUGCCCUGUUUCAAGUCUUGUUCUGCACUUUCCUGCCCAGCUUAAAUGUGCUUUUGUAAACACGUCAGGAGAUUUCACCAAGAGAAACAUUAAGAUUGUGAAACAAGUACAUAAAAAAUGGCAUCCACAGUACAUUCUGAUACUCAGCAAACAUCAUCAUCAUCAUCAUCAUCAUCUGAUAUCCUCCACAUGAAUGCAUCUCACAGACAAACAAAGAAAUGCACCAAGGAAAGACCUCACUACUGCUCGGAGUGUGGACAGGCUUUUACUCUACGGAGUAAUCUCAAAAGACACCAGCGCAUUCACACAGGAGUUAAGCCGUAUCACUGCUCAGACUGUGGGAAGAGUUUUCUUCAUCAGAGUUAUUUUACAACACACCAGCGUGUUCACACAGGAGAGAAGCCGUAUCACUGCUCAGAGUGUGGAAAGAAAUUUACUGAAUUGAAUCAUCUUAAAAAUCACCGGCGUAUUCACACUGGAGAAAAGCCGUAUCACUGCUCAGAGUGUGGAAAGAGUUUCACUGAAAAGAGUAAACUUAAAAGACACCAACGCAUUCACACAGGAGAGAGAACUCACAGCUGCUCAGAGUGUGGGAAGAGUUUUACUGCACACAGUCACCUCAAAAUACACCAGCGCAUUCACACAGGAGAGAAGCCGUGUCACUGCUCAGAGUGUGGGAAGAGUUUUGGUAAUCAGAGUCAUCUCAAAACACACCAGCGCAUUCACACAGGAGAGAAGCCGUAUCACUGCUCAGAGUGUGGAAAGAAUUUUACUGAGCAAGGUACUCUCCGAACACACCAGCGCACUCACACAGGAGAGAAGCCGUAUCACUGCUCAGAGUGUGGAAACAGUUUUAAAACACAGAGUUCUCUCCAGCAACACCAGCGCAUUCACACAGGAGAGAAGCCGUAUCACUGCUUAGAGUGCGGGAAGAGUUUCACUCAGCAGGGUCAUCUCAAAACACACCAGCUCAUUCACACAGGAGACAAGCCGUAUCACUGCUUAGAGUGCGGGACGAGUUUCACUCAGCAGGGUCACCUCAAAACACACCAGCGCAUUCACACAGGAGAGAAGCCGUAUCACUGCUCAGAGUGUGGGAAGAGUUUUACUCGGCAGCUUAUUCUCCGAACACACCAGCGCAUUCACACAGGAGAGAAGCCGUAUCACUGCUCAGAGUGUGGGAAGAGUUUUAAUCAGCAGAGUUCUCUCAAAACACACCAGCACAUUCAUACAGGACAACACCAGCGCAUUCACACAGGAGAGAAGCCGUAUCACUGCUCAGAGUGCAGUACGAGUUUUACUCAGCGGAGUACUCUCCAAACACACCAGCGCAUUCACACAGGAGAGAAGCCGUAUCACUGCUCAGACUGCUCAGAGUGUGGGAAGAGUUUUACUGCACACAGUCACCUCAAAACACACCAGCGCAUUCACACAGGAGAGAAGCCGUAUCACUGCUCAGAGUGUGGGAAGAGUUUUAAUCAACACAGUCACCUCCAAACACACCAGCGCAUUCACACAGGACUUAAACCAUAUCACUGCUCAGAGUGUGGCAAGAGUUUUAGUCGUCAGAGUAAUCUCAAAACACACCAGCGCAUUCACACAGGAGAGAAGCCGUGUCACUGCUCAGACUGUGGCAAGAGUUUUGGUCAUCAGAGUACUCUCAAAACACACCAGCUUAUUCACACAGGUGAGAAGCCGUAUCACUGCUCAGAGUGUGGGAAGAGUUUUAAUCAGCAGAGUUCUCUCAAAACUCACCAGCACAUUCACACAGGAUUUAAACCACAUUACUGCUCAGAGUGUGGGAUGAGUUUUAAUACACAGAGUUCUCUCCAGCAACACCAGCGCAUUCACACAGGAGAGAAGCCGUAUCACUGCUUAGAGUGCGGGACGAGUUUUACUCAGCAGAGUACUCUCCGAACACACCAGCGCAUUCACACAGGAGAGAAGCCGUAUCACUGCUCAGAGUGUGGGAAGAGUUUUACUCGGCAGCGUACUCUCCGAACACACCAGUGCAUUCACACAGGAGUUAAACCGUAUCACUGCUCAGAGUGCGGGAAGAGUUUCAGUUUUAAUUGUUUGAAUGCUCUCAAAAGACACCAGCGCAUUCACACAGGAGAGAAGCCGUAUUACUGCUCAGAGUGUGGGAGGAGUUUUAGUUGUCAGAGUAAUCUUAAAGCACACCACCGCAUUCAUACAGGAGUUAAACCAUAUUACUGCUCAGACUGUGGCAAGAGCUUUAGUUGUAAGAGUAAUCUCAAAGCACACCACCGCAUUCAUACAGGAGUUAAACCGUAUCACUGCUCAGACUGUGGCAAGAGUUUUAAUGUUCAGAGUUCUCUUAAAAUACAUCAGCGCAUUCACACAGGAGAGAAACCGUAUCACUGCUCAGAGUGUGGAAAGAGUUUUAAUCGUCAGAGUCAUCUCAAAGAACACCACUGCAUUCACACAGGAGUUAAACCAUAUUACUGUUCAGAGUGUGGCAAGAGUUUUAGUUGUCAGAGCCAUCUCAAAGCACACCACCGCAUUCAUACAGGAGUUAAACCAUAUUACUGCUUAGACUGUGGCAAGACUUUUAAUCUUCAGAGUAAUCUCAAAAGACACCAGCGCAUUCACACAGGAGAGAAGCCGUAUCACUGCUCAGAGUGUGGUAAACGUUUUAAUCAAUGGACUACUCUCAAAAGACACCAGCUCAUUCACACAGGAGAGAAGCCGUUUCACUGCUUAGAGUGUGGCAAGAAUUUUAGUCAUCAGAGUCAUCUCAAAACACACCAGCGCAUUCACACAGGAGAGAAGCCGUAUCACUGCUCAGAGUGUGGAAAGAGUUUCAGGCGUUCUUAUUCUGUGAAGACACACAAGUGUAUUAAGAGCAGUGGUGGAAAUGGGCAGUAAAUACGGCAACCUUAAUACCAUGCCUGGAGUCUGAACGGAACAGUGCAUUCGUCCCCAAUUAAAAAAAAAAAAAAAAUCUAAAUAAGAAUUUUAUUUAAACAUUGUGGUUAUUAAA